AUGGCUAUUCCUUCCACUUUCAAUGCCGUCAGGACUCACCUUGCUGAAGUUCAGGCGAACCCAGCAACACCCUUGGACAUCGGCUUGAUAGCUCGACUGAAGCUUCAAUUGAUCAACGACGCCGAUCCCGAGGUCCCCGCUACGAUCUUAUCGCAGGUCUCGAGCCUGUUACCCGUCAUCCAAGAAGAUCCCACCCCUCUGACGACUCUUGCAACAGCUGCGUGCAGCUCUUUGAGCUACGUGGACAUAUGUGCCCUACAGCCGACAAACAACCUUGUUGCUGGCUUUCAAGCCCCGUCAGAACCCAUUAACUUACUUGCGCUAUCAUUACUUGCCAAGGCUGGACAGACACCUAGCGAUGCUGCGAUAGUGGCUGGAGACUCAGAGCUCGUUAGUGCCCUAACUCAGCUCUGGCUCUCAACGCCAUCAACAGCGGUCGCGCAGGCGGCACUCGAAGUUCUCUGGUCCUUGUUGGAAGUUGAUUCCGCCAGCCCACUUGAGCAGGAUGAACAUAACCGCAGUGGUGAUGAUGCACACCCAGGCCAAGGUCUGAUGUGGAGGAGAGUCUUCAUGGAUAAGGAUGUGUAUGGGUCACUAUUUGGAUUCUGCAGUCUGAAGCGUGAUGCGCCAGGAAGCUUGACAAACCGCGAGCGAACCGUGGCGCAAGGAAGGCUGAUGGGCUUCCUUGUUAAGGCGGGUCGCUUACACUGGGAUAUGAUCUCAAAAUCCCAGAUUCCUGAUAUCGAAACAAAAUACGAGUGCUCAAGUGUCCUGCAAUUUGCAGUAAGCCAAAUGGUGGACCAGAGUGAUGUGCUCAUGCACAUGACUCUCUUGGACUUUUACAAAGACUUGCUUGCUAUUGACGCGCCCGGCCUCGUGGCUCGGAGCGCCGUGCAAUCCCAUUCCACGUUCUCUUCGCCAGCCCUUGACUUUCUGAUUGCAGCGGGUGUACACAUGAAGGUUCUCGGAUAUUACCUUGACGAUGCGAAGCUUGAUCCUGUGGAUCUCAUUUAUCUAUCUGGUCCGACCAUGGCUUAUGUGUCCAGAUACGCCGAACUGUACCCGAACCAUAUUCUCACGAAUCCGUCAACAUUACUUGACGGCAUAAUUGCGCGCAUCAACCGGGCGCUCGCCAUCCCUUCGGCACAGUGGGCCCACGGCGAGGCCCCGAUCGGACACCUGCGCGUCCUAUCCUCCCUUCCUCGGAUAUUGCUCAUUGAGGCAGGGAAGCAUGGCUCCAACCCAUUGCUGCGUAUUCCUACUUCGCCUGCGAAUAGUACUGCACUUGACGUACUUGGAAAAAUACUUCAUGGGCCAGCGCGGACCGAGAUGCCAGAUGCAAUGGAUUUGAACGCAUCGGGCCAGACUCCCACAGACUGGCAACGUGAAGCUGCUGCUGCUCGCAUGCUUUACUUCAUGUAUCUGAACCAUAACCCCGGAUUCUGGACCGACAUUGUCUCUGCAGCGGACAUCCUGGCAAUGAAGGAUGUUGCCUUGUCUGCGAUCGCCUUCAUGAACGCUAUUGUGCUUGCCAAUUGGCAGCCACUGCCUCCCGCAUCCCAUGCGGGAAACGGCACCUCUCGAUUCCAACUACCGUCUGAAGAGGGACUGGGUCAGUUGUCGCCUGCGUCUAGUGGACUCCUCCCCCUAUCCGGACCCUGGGCUGUUUUGACUCCGCCUGCGCUAACGACACUUCUGCCUUAUCUUUUCAAACCUCCACGGACCUACGCCGAGUUUGUCGGAGGUGGAGCCGGCGACGCGGAGCACGCCGUAUGGAAGGUAGCCACAGCAAAACACGAGGUCCUUGUCGCUUUGUACAAUCGACUGCGUGAGACUGGUGGGCAAAUGGAAGGCUUUGAGGAUAUUUUGCGAACUCUGCGCCAAAGGGUCAAUGAUGGUCCUGCGGGCCCCAUACAAUCCAAUACGGCCCAGGUCGAGGCAGUGGGACUCUAG